AGGCUUCUGUCAGGAUAAUCAUAAUCAUAUUAUUGUUCGGAGCUGUCCUUGAUUGCCCUGUCUGUACAUCGCAUGUCUUGCCCAUACUCAUGCUACAGUCAGUCAUCAUGAGUAACACUACGGAUUCCGGAUCAAGUAAUGUAGCUGCUGAUUCAAUGGGAGGAAUUGUGCUGGUGCCAUUCUUCCUUAUCACUGUAGUGGGUGUCGUAGUGGCUGUGAUCAUGUAUAUAAAGAAGAGGAAGAGAGUGGAUCGAUUAAGGCAUCAUCUUCUACCUUUAUAUAGCUAUGAUCCUGCAGAAGAGAUACAUGAGGCUGAACAAGAAUUACUAGGACAAGAUACUAAGGUAGUACAUGGCUGGACAAGUGGUUAUCACCAGUACAAACGGGCAUCGUUGCGUGAUGUGACAGCCUGACGUCUGCCACGCUGAAAUGUUUUGGACAUUGGUUUGAGAGUAAUGCAUAGAGAACUGCUCCAUUAAUAGCUUCCCUAGCACUGAAUUGAAGGGCAGCAUUUGGUUCAUAACUAUUUUAAGUGCAAAUGUAUUAUUAUUAAUAUUAUUAUUUAAAUCUAAUGUCUACAUACAGGUAUGAACACGUAUACCUGGGUUUAUAUUUGUACAUAAAAAGAUGGGGCUAUCUGGAAAUGUAUGUAUAAUCAUAGCGAUAAGUUAAAAUACUUGCUCAAUAAUAGACAAAACUAAAGCUCAUUCAGGAAUGAAUAGCAGUCUAUAGUCAGUACAUAUGAUGCUGAGUACGCUGCCAAUCUUGGUUUACCUGCUGCCUAUUGAUUAAUAUUUUGUAAUUAGGAAGAAACCCAAGUUAUUUUAUAAAUAAUAUGUCUGAUUUGAAUGGUGUGUGUGCAAUUGUUUUGUUCUUGCUGAGGAGAGUACGUAUCCCAUUUGUUUUGCAAAUUACAUUUGGGAAUGAUGGGACUCUUGCAUGGAUCUAUAUAUUGAUGUGUCAAAAUGUAAUGUAGAAAAUACUAACCUGUUUGUUCUAGGUUUACGUUGAGAGAGAUUUGUUUAAGUGAGUAUUUCAUUUUAGACUAUAGUCAAAGGUUUGCAAUAAAGGUUAAUAUUUAACCGUUGUAACUUUAAGAAAUGUCUGCUGAUUAAGGGUUGAUUCCAAGUAAAUAAUGGUUAUAUACAAGAAUGCUUUGAAUUCAAAACACAUCAAGUAAAACAUCAACCACAAAGGGAUAUGUUUAGUUAUAAUUUUUCCGACAUGUUAAAACUAAAAUUUUUCCAAUAUAUUUCUAUGUAUCCAAGGUUAGCUAGACUUAGUUUGAAGUUGGCCAAAUUCAUAAAUUCUCAGUUGUUUUACAUUUAGUAAAAAUGCCAUAGUAGUCUGAAAACUAUAAUAUUUAAUUCACUGGGAUCACUGAGACCAGUUUUGCGGUUGUGCCUUCAGAUGUGCAUGGUUUAUGUUGCUACAAUGGACCGUGACAUGCAUGCAGUGCCCUGUUGAUUUGUAUGGCAAAUGUCCUUUAAUUUGGAAGCAUCAAUUGUCUUUUUGUUCUUGGUCAUGCACCUGGUACUUCAUAGACAGAUGUACAGGUGAGGUGAAAAUAUAUGGCAUAGGAAAAUGUGUCUUUAAAUUUACACUAUUUUAGGAGUAUUGCAUUUUUCAGUUCAGUGGAUGAUGUUAAUUUCACAUCAUUAACAUUAUGUCACUAACGAUCAUUGUUUUAAAAUUUGCUGAACCACUAGCAUACUACAUUCAGUGACUGUGUGAAACUGACCAGGAGCUUUAAAUAACUUCCUCCCCUUAAAAUAAAAAUUAAUUAUUUAAAGUAUUAUUAUAAUAUUACUAUUUUGAAUUCUCAGAAACAAUUUCACAAUAUGUAUGUCACACCAAAUCUGUGAACAGCCAUUGCAAUGUUUACUGAAAUGCAGAAUUUAAUUGUGGAAAGUAUCCCUGAUCCAUUGACUUUAAGUUGAUCACAGCAACAACAACAAAAAAAUGUAUUUUUGUCAUCUAGUUGCGACAAAGGCUUUCGGUUGUUUAUUGCAAGUAAUGAGGAGAUUUCCUCGCUGCCAGCAAACGUAAAAAGGAAACAAACAACUUUUUACAUUUACAUAUUGAUACAUCUAGUCGUUUUGACAAAAAAUCUGGAGAUUUUCUGGGACAUUUUUUACUUCUUAACAUCUACAGGUGGAACCUGAAAUCCGGUUUUAAAUGUCAAUGGAAAAACUUCAAUCCACAACACCAACAAUUUUUUCAUUUAAAAACCAAACCAAAAUAAGUGUCCUCUGGAUAGGCACUUUUCCUCUUUAUUCUUAAACUCAUUGUGCAUGGCUAACUUAGGGCUCCUUUACAUCCUUGUUCCUACUUUUAAGUGACUAUUCACUAUUCAUUACUUUGCUUGUAACUACUGUUAAUGAGUAGUUGCUGUUUCCCUACUGAAAAACGUCACAAGUAGCAACAGGUAGAUACUGGCUGCAUAUACUGAAAGCCAUUUGCCAAGUAGCAACCAGUGGCUACCAGUAAUGGUAGUGACUAGUUUCUGACUGUUGUACAACUUUGUCGCUACUCAUUACUGGCUGGUAUAAAGAUAUUAACCGCUAAAUCCCAUUGAAAAAAAAAACUGUUAUUUUUAACCCAUCACUAAGUUUUACUGGCCAGCUGCUACCUGGCUGUCACUACUGGCCACACAGGGUGAAGUGCACAUUCUCAGGUGUGUUUCUGUGCUUUACCAGCAAGCCACUAAUAUGUGAGUGAUUUGCUAUAUGAGAAAUACGCUACAAAAAUAUAGCGGCGUGGUUAAUUGUAGACUCUAAAAGCUACUGGCUGUUAAUUAUGACGUACAAAAAGCUUACAGAAUCUAUUUACCGAAAGAUUGUAAACGAACCUUUAGAUUGCUUUACUCCCUUGCUUCUUUUCUCACCAGUCACUUUUAUUGCUUUCAUUUUUUCCCUCUGUUUGCCUCUUUCCCCUUUGCCCUCCCUUAUCCCUAUAUCGAGUCUAUUUAAUCUCACUUUUAUUCCUUACCCUUACUCUUCUCAGGAGGUUAUCUUCUUCAGGACACUCUCUGUCAUUUGAUUGCAAUAUUUCAAUAGGUGUCUUCUACACUAGGUGGAAGUGCUGCACCAUGACCUUUGCAGUUACCAAUUCUAUUAUGGUUUAAGUGUGUGCUGUAAGGACUUUGCUCUUUUGGGUGAAGGUUCUUUCCCCCUCCUCAUUGUGUGUUUGUCAUAUUGUAUAGUGAUGUUCUCAUGUUUAAUUUAAAGAAAACUCCAUAAACUUCAAUUGCAAAAUAA